ACUUCCAACUUGGCUGAAGCUGACCUUUUCUUUAUUUAGGAUUAGGGUUGGCCAUAAAUCUAUUGCGGCUGAUGAUCAUCUAUGUGGAGCUCAAUCAACUUCAUGACCCCAAACCUAAUUGACUUGAAAGGUUGAUCACUUGGUAUUUAUGAAGGGCCAAAUAGAAUUGCAAAGUUGGUUAAAAGGACUGGACCUGGAGACGGCGCCUGCAGGGGCUUCCUGCCAAAACACUCGUUCUCUCAUCCCUGUUUUGCUAUCUCUACUUCUUUAACUGCUGCAGAUCGUUGAACGAGGACAAGAUGAUCUUCUUUGCAGUUCCAUGGUUGAAUCAGAAUACCAAAGCAAAUGACCAUGAGAAUUGUCGAAUUCUUGCUUGUUUGUCUCUCUGUGCCUGAAAAGAAUCAGUUGCUAUUUUCCAAGAGCUCAUCUCUCAUGGUGUUUCAUAUGGUGCAGGAAGGAGGAGAGAUUUGGAUGGAAAAUUACAGAGUUGGUGAAGCUGAACCUUUAACCAGGGCUCUUCCUGAUGGAGCUCAGAGCGCCAUAACUCCAGCUUCAGUUAAAUUCUUUGAUCAGGAAGCAGCUGCCUACUUUGGGCAAUUGGAGGAGGAUCUGGUGCAGGGAGUAGAAUACAUGAGAGAAACUGAAGACAGAAACUCAGCUUUGUUCUGGAGAAGACCCCCAACCCUAGAGAUCUUCCCUUCGUGGCCAAUGAGAGAAAGUUUACAGUCAGCAAGAAGCACUGAUUCUGGCUCAGCUCAAAACACAGAGUCUCAUCUGGAAAUGGAAUCGCAAACUUUAGGAAGGACUUGCUCAGACUGUUUGGCUGAUCACCAACUCUCAAACCUAGAAGACAAGGGGAAAAUGACCGAUUCUUCUGCAAGAAAAGAUGGGCGAGUUCUUGAUGCCAAGACGCUAAGGCGUUUGGCUCAGAACAGGGAGGCAGCGAAGAAGAGCCGGUUGAGGAAGAAGGCGUAUGUGCAGCAACUGGAGUUCAGUAGAAUUAAGCUUCAUCAGACAGAGCAAGAGCUCGAGAGAGCAAGAUCGCAGGGUCUCUUAGCAGUUGCAGCAGGCAGAUCAAAUGAAGCUACCGAUUCCGUUUCAGGUACUGCUGCUGCUGCGUUCGACGUGGAGUACGGGCGGUGGCAGGAGGAGGAAUGCCGGCGGAUGGGGGAGCUCCGGGCGGCGGUGCAGGCUCGGUUUCCCGAUGUGAGUCUAGGCGUGAUGUUGGAUGAGUGGGUGGCGCACUACGACAAGCUGUUCCAGUUGAAGGCAGGCGUGGCGAGGGCCGACCCGAUCCACCUCUUGAACGGAGCUUGGAGGACUCCGGCGGAGCGCUGCUUUCUCUGGAUCGGUGGUUUCCGGCCUUCUGAACUUCUCAAAAUGGUGGUGCCUGUGGUGGAUCCGUUGACGGAGCAGCAGGUGAUUGCGAUGUACAACCUGCAGCUGUCGUCGCAUCAAGCGGAGGAGGCUCUGUCGCUGGGACUCCACCAGCUCCAGCGCUCCUUAGCAGAGACGGUGGCCUGCGGGGGCGGCGGUGCGGCUGCUUCCCUCAGCGUCGAUGUCGGCAUUUACACGAGCUUCAUGGGUAUCGCAUUAGGACAGCUGGCAAACCUCGAAGGAUUCAUCCGCCAGGCUGACAAUUUGAGACAGCAAACAUUGCAUCAACUGCGUUGCAAUCUAACCAUGAGACAGGCAACACAGUGUUUCCUUUCAAUCGGAGAGUAUUAUGCUCGUCUACGUGCUCUUAGCUCACUGUGGAUUUCUCGUCCUCGAGAGAACUUGAUAGGAAAUGAUAGUGUUGGCUCUACCUCAACAGGUAGCCUGAAAAUUGCUUAUCGUUCACAGCACAAUCAUUUCUCAACCUAUUGAAAAUGCUUGGUUACCUUUUGAUCUCGUAUAUACUAAUGAGACAAAGAGAAAGUACACAUUCCAGUUAGGAUAUAUAUAUAUAUAUAUUAUAUUGGACUGUACUAUGCAGGUUUAUGUGUUGUUUCAAGUAGAUUGAGAAGGACAAUAUCAUUAAUUAGCCAAAAAUUAAGGAUAUAAAA